AUGGAUGACGAAAUCCCCGAUUUGGUUGAAAGUAUCGAGCAAGUGAAUGACUCAAAGUUGCAAAAGAUUUCCCAACCAGAUACUGGUAACUUGAAAAUAAUCCCGUCUUCAACUCCGAAUGCUACUGACAGAAAAGUGCCCAUCACCAUCAUCACCGGUUACUUGGGGUCUGGGAAGUCAACUUUAUUGAACAACAUUGCCAAGAAAGGGGAUAAAAGAAUAGCGGUAAUCCUCAAUGAGUUUGGAGACUCUAGCGAGAUUGAGAAAAGUUUGACGAUCCAAGAUGAUUCUAAUACAUAUGAAGAGUGGUUGGAUCUUGGAAAUGGAUGCUUGUGUUGCACAGUUAAGGACAAUGGAGUGUCUGCGAUCGAACAAUUGAUUGAUAAAUCGAAGGAUAAGAUCGAUUAUAUCUUUUUAGAAACUAGUGGGGUGGCUGAUCCUGCUCCUAUCGCCAAGAUGUUUUGGUUAGAUGAUGCAUUAAGUUCAAAUAUCUACAUCGAUGGGAUCAUCACCGUUUUGGACUCCAAAAAUAUCAUUAAAAAUCUACAGGAUUAUGGAGGCCAUCGUCAUAAACAAUCUAGCAGUGAUGAAGGUGAAAGUCGUGAAAGUCAUGAUGAUAUGGAAGAAAACACAACCACUGCCGAGUUACAAAUUGGUUUGGCAGAUGUGGUUAUAUUGAAUAAAUUUGACUUGAUAGAAUCAGACGUUGAGGAACAACAGAAAAUCGAGAGGGCAAUCAAGGAAAUCAAUUCGGUAGCCCCCGUUUACAAAACUUCGUUCUCGGAUAUUAAAUUGGAAAAUAUCCUUGAUUUGCACGCCUUUGAAAAUUGUGAUAAGAAUUUGGAGCAAGAAGCAAAGAUGAGGAAUGCUAUAUCUACCGACGGUGCUUUUCACAACCCUAUCAUUUCUACAGAAGUUAUACUGUUCCCUAAAAUUAAGAAUAUCAAUGAUAUUAUGCCUAAAUUAGAGAAAUUUUUCCAAAGCGUAUUAUGGGGAAAUGAAAUCGCUGGUAAGAAGGUUGAAAUUCAUAGACUUAAAGGGAUGAUUGUCGAAGAAGGUAUCGCAACCCAAAAUAUCUCAACCGUGGUUCCAACCGAUAAGAUCAAAGUUUUUCAAGGCGUGAGAGACACUUAUGACAUUUUUGAUGGUUACUAUAAUCCAGAAAUUCACAAUGAUGGGGUAUGUAAAAUCGUUCUUAUUGGAAAACAUCUUUCCAAGGGCUCAAUCAUUGAGGAAAUCAAAAAAUUUGUGGGUAAUUCAUGUGGCGUUAUUAGUUAA